AUUGGUCCGGAUGUUCCUGCCGUAAAGGUGCAGCAGCUGCCUGAAACAGCGAAGUGAAAGUAAACCAAUGACUGGACUGGAUAACAUCUGGACUGAUGUGUGGUCAGGGGGAGAAAGAGUUGUGUAUAACAAUAAAUAAAUAAAUAAUUAUGUAAUGCAACUAACUCAGAAGACGUACACACAAAGAGAGGCUUCAGCUGUUGUUGAGUCAUCUUGUCUGACCUGUGGAAGAUGGAUGAAGGGAUGGAUUCUCAAGGAAGUGUGACUGCUGAAGUCAAGCCAGAGGGUGUAAAGAACGACUUCCCCAAAACAGACUUAACAGAUGGAAAAGAUGAACUCUUUUGUGGACCACAAAAGAAUGACGCUACAAAAGUGUCUAAACAAACGGAGAACACGCAAGAUGACGUAGCAUCUCAGACUUCGAUGGACUGUGGGUCUUCAGGUGGGACGGAUGAAUCUGUCCUUGCAGGCAGCGGAAGUGACGCAGCUCAAACACACUGUUCUAAUGGGCAGAAAUCUAAGAGGUCAUCUUCACCUGGUUCUGUUAAAACGACCUCUGUUGCUGCACACUCUCCAAAUCCCAAACUCACGCUUUGUCUUAGUAUUAGUCCCAGCAAGGGUAUCAGUACACCCACCAGUGAUGUGGAGAUGCUGAGUCCGGACAGCCCCAUCUGUAAAACCAUGUUCGUCAACAGCUCUGCAGACAAGGAUCAUGAUGGCAGUGCUUACUCUCAGCAGUGUGUCAAGGACUCUGAUGCUGGAUGUUCGGCCAAAGAAGAAAAAGUCCUUCUGGUUGCCAAGGCAACUGAGGAUGCUGAGAAAGCUGAGUACAGCGGCUCAUCUGAUAUGAGUCAGGACUUAAUUGGAAGCCAGGAUGCACUUCUCGAAAGCGUUUCGUUCAAAUUGCAUAACAUGGACAGAGGAUGGCUUGGGACACCCAUAGACGAGCUGAACAGAAUGCCCCAGUGUGCCCCCCCACUGUCUCACCUGAAAGCAGUGCCUAACCACACUGUCACAGUCAGGACAGAUCUCCUCAGAGAGGGAGCCGUCCCUGUCUCAUACCCCAGCAAGUUCAAAGAUGCGUGGGAUGAUGUGUCCGUGAAGAUGCCCUGCUCCGAGAAGAAUCUGUUUCCUAUGGAGACUGAGGAUGGAGGAGGUGUCCAGAGUCGGUGGGAGCUGAUCCACACUGCCUUGCAGGGAGGGUUCAAAAGUUCUCUGGAUGUGAGGGAUGCUAUAUUGAGAUACAACAUAGCCCAUGCAAAGAAAUGGGACUUCACUGCCCUGAACCUUCUUUGCACAGAGUAUCUCGAGCAUCCAGAGUUACAACUCCUGUUCGAGGCCAUACUACCAGCUAUGGUUGACCUCGCACUCAGUGCUCCUGUCCUCUGCACAAUGCCAAUCCCCUUACUGAAGUCAAGGAUCAACAACUCUCUGACUCUGUCCCAGGAGCAAGUCGCCUGCCUUCUGGCCAACGGCUUCUUCUGCACAUUCCCCCGACGCAACUCCCGCAAGUCGGAGUACUGCAAUUAUCCUGAGAUCAAUUUCUACAGGUUGUUUGAAGGGUCUUCACUAAGAAAAAUAGAGAAAUUGAAAACUCUGUUGUGUUACUUCAGGAGAGUUACACAGACCAAGCCCAAGGGUCUUGUUACAUUCACAAGACAGAUACUGAACAACCCUCCGAACUGGGAAAGUUCCCAGACUCAGCUGAAGCGCCUACACAUCACUUGUGAGGGGACGAUUGAGGAUGAUGGAUACGGGAUGCUGCAGGUGGACUUUGCAAACAGGUUUGUAGGUGGUGGAGUAACAGGACAUGGACUGGUCCAGGAAGAGAUCAGGUUCCUCAUCAACCCUGAACUCAUCGUCUCGCGCCUCUUUACUGAAGCUUUGGAAUACAAUGAAUGUCUCAUCGUAACAGGCACCGAACAGUACAGUAAAUAUUCUGGCUAUGCUGAGAGUUACAAAUGGAAGGACAGCCACAACGAUGAGACUGCCAGGGAUGACUGGCAGAGACGAUGCACAGAGAUUGUGGCCAUUGAUGCUCUUCGAUUCAGGCACUUCCUAGAGCAGUUUCUCCCUGAGAAGAUGGCCAGAGAACUCAACAAGGCAUACUGCGGAUUCUUCCGAAACAACGCCAACAGCAAGCACCUCUCCGCAGUAGCCACAGGCAACUGGGGCUGUGGAGCUUUUGGUGGAGACACACGGCUCAAAGCGCUGAUUCAGUUGAUGGCUGCAGCAGAGGCCGGGAGAGACGUGGCGUACUUCACGUUUGGAGAUGCUCAGCUCAUGAGAGACGUUCACGAAAUACACACGUUCCUCACCGAGAGACAAGUCACCGUCGGGAGGCUGUACAACCUUUUGAACCAGUACUCCAGUCUGAUGUGCAAGAAUUGCCGCACGACGCGACCUGACGUCAGCCUCUACAGUUUCAUCUACGAGAGAGUCUCUUCCCCCGCGUCCGCCGUCGACGCCCCGGAUUCCGCCAAGGAUUCUGGGAUGUCCCCUGUAACGUCGGACUCUCAUUAACAUGGAGAGACCUCCCUCCCCCUGGCUCUACGUGCAAAAGAGACUCCAGGUUCAGAAACCUCCAUGUGCUUACAAUCAUUUUCUCUCACACACACACUCCCUUUAAGUUUGUGAUCCCAACACACAAACUACCAAACACAGUUUUGCCUUUUCUCGUUGGUGGUGUUAUAGGAGAUUCGUAGUAUGUCACCAAAUGUGGUGAAACGUUUCAGAGACUUAUAGCAAUAGUAAAUCCUGGUUGCUGUUAGGCCUUUCUUUAGUCUAAAUGUGAUGUGGAAUUAUUUUCUUUUUACUCUAAUUACAAAUAUGGCCAAAUAUUCAUAAUAUGCAUGGUUGUGGACACUUCAUUAUUAAUAAUCCAGGACACGAUAAUCAUCCCUAGUUAUCUCGUCCUUUAUUGUGUUUGCUACUUGUUUUGGAUCUUCUCUGUUUACCAUACCCAGGCUGUGUUGAGGUUCCUGAAUGCAGAGAGAUGAUGAGAUGCCAUACUGUAGUCUAUGCAUGGGUAACAUUUAUUUAUCAGAAUAUUCUACAAAUAUAUGCUGCUCUUUUAUAUCCCCUAGGAUAUUUAACUCACACAUUGUCCUUAUUUUAACACGAGCCAAAACUAUCAAUAACAUGUCACUGGUAUGAGGUAUGAGAAUCAUCUCAGAUGAAACAUUUAAUUUAUGGUCGUUUUCAUCUUCAGACCUUUGAUUCUAUUCUGAGUAACGUAAUCAUUUUCAAAUAUAUUCAGUGUUAACCACAGUAUUGCUACUGUACUGUAAAAAUAAAUAAAUAAAUAAAGGGGGGAGCAUAUAAUGAAAAAAUUGCACGCAAAAUAUUAUUUUUGUUAAUGUUUUUACUCAACAUGUACUUAGGGGAUAUGGUUAUGUUUUUUAUCAUUUACUGUAUUUUCUGAUUGACGUGUGGGUUCUAUUUAAUGAUGGGUUCAUAAAUACAAUUAAAGGCUAUAAAUGUAUUGCAUAGUACUGUACUUUAGGUUUUUAGGUUGUACUCUAUUAUAAUUUCUUAAUUAAAUUAUAUCCUGUUUAAAUGGUAUUUCUCUGCUCAAAUCAAUAUGAUUUAGUUAAUACAUUUUAAUGUUAACCAAAAAAUUAUGUCAAGAAGCCAUUCUGCUGUAUUUUUUCAUUUCUUUACAUCAGGGUAAUGUAAUUAUUCAUACAUCAUCUAGAAAUAAUUAUUUCAGACUCAUCAGAGAUAAUUAAUUUCUUUUGUCAUGUGCACAUUUGUAACCGUGCCUCGGCACCACCGAUUUAUCACGUAAUUUCAUGAAAUCAUACAUUAUUUAAUCAUUUGAAAUGUGAUUGAUUUUUGUGUGAUAGCACGUGUACCAAGGGCUUUCAGACAAAUUUAAUUCUGCCUCCAAACAUGCUUUAUUAGAUGAAUUAGGCUUCCUAAAUAACCUCAUGACGUGGACUUCCAUAAAGGGGGUGUAGGCUUGGCUAGGGUAAGUGGAUUACACAUUAUCUGCUUCUCCCACUCUUUGUACUGAGCCCGGCAUUGACCAAAUGAGCUUCGGGCUUCAAACAAAGUCCAUUUGGUUUGGCAGACCUGACUGUUGAUGGCUGCCGUGUGCCCGGUCACCUGUACAUGAACUUUAUUUAGGUCACUGGUGCCUCCUGGAUUUAUUGACUGAAUGUGCCAGGGUAAUCCAGCAAAUGAAUAACCAUAGUCGACACAUUUCAACAACAAAUUGUGUCACCAGAAAUAGGAGCUUAGAGAGAUUGUCGCUUGUUUGAUUUCCCCAUAAACAAGAAACCCUAGUCCAGUUUUGUCCUGUCUAGUGAUGUAAUUAUUCUAAAACAGGAUGUAAUUUAACCCCAGAGCCUGUAAUGUUACCCAGCGGCGCAGGUCUUUUCAUCGAUGAACACUAUUAAUAAAACGCCAGAAAGCAACUGGUCUUCACUCCAUCUUUGUCAGGCGGCGAAGUCACUACAACAAAAUGGCAUUUCAGUUCAUAAUUGCCUGACCCUGCGUUCUCUAGGUCAGCCGGAGACCAGCAGCAAACACAAAUGCAAAUAAUGAAAAAGGAGGAACUCUCUGUCAGGGAACACUGAGCGUGAUUGUGUGUUUGUUUUUAAAGUCAAAGCAUACAGAAUGGAUGAAAACAUUUGCUUUUAUUGUUUGGUUAUAUCCAGUGUGCUGUGAAUCAUGUGAAUAAAUAAUUUAAUGGUCAAAUUA